AUGUCUCUACAUUUAUUCCUGCUUGCCAUGCUUUUCACUCUUCAGAUACCCAGCUGGUGUCAUGCUGAGGGACCUGAAAUAGGAAUGAAACUAUGUGGUAGAGAGUUCAUCCGGACUGUUGUAAUGUCCUGUGGAGGUUCCCGAUGGAAGAGAUACUCCCCAGAGCCUGGGCAAGAGAGAGAUAACCCUUACAGUGACCUUAUGAACUGGCUGAACAGAGAUUUCAUGGAGAAUCCAGAGAGCUUAAACUUGGUACCUGAAGAUGACCUGAGGUCAAAGGUUGCUUCUUCCUCUGAUAUGAGAGAUGUGUCCAUGGAGCAGUUUCAAGGCUCCCUUUAUGACCCUCUGGUGGGUGACGGGCACCAGGAUAUCAGCAGGCGGAUGAAGAGGAGUGUGGGGCCCGCUGGAUCAUGCUGCCAGAGAGGCUGUACUAAGACUGAGCUCAUGAAGUUUUGCUAG